AGUAGUCCUCGUACAGAUUACCUACGCUACAAUGUGAGACUCUGUUUAGGGCGGGAAGUGAUAGUUCCAUCGACUAGACGAUUUUUAUAGUGAAGUUAUGAAGAAAAACGGAGAUUUCGGCUCGUUUACAAAGAGUUCUUCUCAUGUGAAAAGACCUGAAGUUCUGAGUUUUGGAGAAAAAAUGAAGUUUUUCAGGAUGGCUAGUGAAUCUCCCACGGACAAUAAUGCAAAUGGAAACGAACCGACGAUUCAGACGAUUGUAAAAAAUCCUUCAAGGACGUCCGUUACCACAACUUCGUUGCAGACCAACUCUCAGAGCAGUACGACCACGACGCGCGUCAGCAAAAUCUCCUCGUCGACCAGCCAGCGUCGGCACGUGACCUCCGACCUGAAGGCGUCCAACGUGCGCUCCGACCUCGUCGAGCUGAAGAACAACCUCAACGACAUGAAGAACAUCAGCCUGCCGAACAGCAACCUGGGCAACACGCUGAUCCACCUGCGGAGCUCGCUGGACAACCUGGUGGACAACGACGACGAUCCGAUAGUGACGUUUCCCGAUGACAACACGCCGGUGCCGUCAGAAAUCGGCUCGCCGGCCAUUGUUGCCGAUACGCUCAAGUUCGAACACAAAACGGCGAAUAACUUCAAGAAAACCAUGGUGAUGAAAGAUGGCAUGAGUGCUGAGAAGGAGAGCGCCAAAGUUGCGGAAUCCAAGAAGCUGCAAGCUGGCGAUCUUUCGUACGAAGAAAACAGCGCUGCGGCCGCCACGCGUGCCAGACUCGAGAUCGAUGGAGUUUCUGCCGAAAAAAGUCAAUUGACAGCUAAGGAAGCGAGAUCCUUGAAAUCGGGAGACCUGAGUCAACAGGAGUCCAAAAAUAUGGCCCAAACGAACCUCAAACUGACCACUGAUAAGUUUAGCAGCGAAAGAACAGCUGUAGCAUCUCAGCAACAAAGACAAACAGUCACAGCUAGUGGCAUCUACAACCAAGAAAAACACAGCUCCAGUUCUAGUCACGUAUUCUCAACUUCCUCGAAAAACUUCAGUACCUCAGCUAUGAUGCAAAAACAGUUUCAUUUAAUGAAUGGUACUCCCGAAGAAGACAUCCUCAACACCUCCCUAGACGACCUAGACGCUCUAACAGCAUCGUCCGACAUCAACGAGAUCGAACGCGCCAAACACAAAUACUCCACCUACCUAGACGAAUCCGUCAGGUGCCUCCAGAAGCUGGACCAGAGCAAAGAUGCUCCCCUAGUACUCAACAAAAUCAACGACGUCAUGCAAAAAGCCUGGGCCGUACCAACUUAUGGCCACGAGCUCGGUUACGCACUGUGCAAUGCCUUAAGAAACAGUGGGGGGCUGGACCUUAUCAUGCAAAACUGCACUAAGUCCGAUGAGAACCUGCAGUUCACGAGCGCUAAGCUUUUGGAACAGUGUCUGACUGCGGAGAACAGAGCUCAUGUCGUUGAACAUGGCUUGGACAAAGUCGUUAACGUAGCCUGCGUUUGCACGAAGAAAACGAACUCAGUAGACCACUCGAGAGUUGGCACAGGCAUCUUAGAACACCUUUUCAAGCACAGUGAAGAGACCUGCAGUGACGUAGUGAGGCUAGGUGGCUUGGAUGCUUUAUUAUUCGAAUGCAGGAAAAGCGACGUGGAAACCUUGAGGCACUGUGCUGGGGCGCUAGCCAAUCUCAGCUUAUACGGCGGUGCUGAGAACCAAGAAGCAAUGAUCAAGAGGAAGGUACCGAUGUGGCUGUUUCCUCUCGCUUUCCAUAACGAUGACAACAUCAAGUACUACGCCUGCCUUGCCAUUACCGUAUUGGUAGCUAAUCCAGAGAUAGAAGCGGAGGUGCUAUUAUCAGGCACCCUAGGGCUUGUUGAACCUUUUGUUACAACACACAAUCCCUCAGAAUUUGCAAAGUCUAAUCUUGCACAUGCUCAUGGUCAAAGCAAAACCUGGCUCAAAAACUUGGUACCUGUACUGAGCUCAAAGCGGGAGGAAGCAAGGAACCUCGCAGCAUUCCAUUUCUGCAUGGAAGCUGGUAUCAAGAAGCAGCAAGGCAAUACCAACAUCUUUUCGGAAAUAGGUGCAGUUGAGUCAUUGAAAAAGGUGGCUAGUUGUCCGAAUGCCGUUGCCUCAAAAUACGCAGCUCAAGCCUUGAGGCUUAUUGGGGAAGAAGUUCCUCACAAGCUCAGUCAACAAGUGCCUUUGUGGUCAGUGGAAGACGUUGAAGAGUGGGUGAAGCAGAUUGGGUUCCCAGACAUUGCUCCUAGUUUUAUAGAAAGCCGAGUGGAUGGGGAUUUAUUAUUGCAGCUAACCGAGGAAAAUCUCAAGGAGGAUAUUGGACUCAUUAAUGGAAUCAAAAGAAAAAGAUUCACAAGGGAACUGCAGCAGCUCAAGAAAAUGGCAGACUACACCUCCAAGGACCCAGCUAACAUCAACAACUUCCUGCAAACUCUGGGCGCAGAGUUCUGUAUUUAUACUUACAGCUUCCUCAAUGCAGGUCUAGAGAAGAAAGACUACCUCACGAACAUAUCCGAAGACCAGCUUCUGGACGAGUGCGGCAUCAAAAACUCCAUACACAGGUACAGAAUCAUGGACGGCAUCCGUCAGAUAGAAAGUGGGCUGGGCAAUGGGCUGAACGAAGACAGUAUAGACAAACCUUUGGACGUUUUCGUCAGCUAUAGGAGGUCUAAUGGUUCGCAGUUGGCUAGUUUGCUCAAGGUCCACUUGCAGCUGAAGGGAUUCAGUGUGUUUAUAGACGUGGAGAGACUGGAGGCUGGCAAAUUUGAUAACAAUCUUCUACAGAGUAUCAAGAAAGCGAAGCAUUUUCUACUGGUUCUGACACCGAACGCUUUGGAUAGGUGUGUGGAUGAUCACGAAGGAAAAGAUUGGGUCCAUAGGGAAAUCUGUGCGGCUCUGAAGGCGAAUUGUAAUAUCAUACCGAUCAUCGACAAUUUCGUAUUUCCUGAGGCUGAAAUCCUUCCUGAGGAUAUGAGGCAAGUCUGUCAUUUCAAUGCAGUGCGAUGGAUUCACGACUAUCAAGACGCAUGCGUGGACAAACUCGAAAGGUUCAUGCGUGGCGAGAUGAACUCGCGCUGCGGCGGCGUCGGCGACGCCUCCCUUAUAUCCCGCGCGGGCGGCCUCAAGGGCGACCUGACUGCCCCCGGCACGCCAUCUGGCGCGAGCCUGGCGCGGCAGCCGCCCAGCUACCAGCGCAUGCACAGCAGCGACUCGGCCAAGAGCCAGGACAAGGACGUGAACGGGAACUCGGGCCUGACGCGGGAUUGACUAGAGGGCCGCGGCGGAGGCACGACGGGUGCGCCUACUCCGCUGCCUAGAUUCUGUAAGGCGAACAGUCCUUCCAGGAACUGGAUCAUCAACGGCAAGCCCUGUGGUCGGCCCCCCCAAUACCCCCGCAGGGGCUCCAACACCCCCGUCUCGUCUCUGGCGCUGGCCAGUCACCCCCCCGCCCCCAACAGGUCACGAAGUCUGGACGGCCUGCUGGACUCGGAAUGCGCAGCUACGGAAGCAGCUAAGGCUAAGGAACAGGUUCCGUCCCAAGCGACUAAGAGUUGCGAUGACCUUGAUAAGAAUCUACGAGGAGAGACUGAAUCGAUGAGUAAGACGGACAGUGCGAGUGAUCGCAUAGAGUUUAAUGACAGUGAUGCUGACAAGUGUUCCAUUUAUAGCGGUUCGAGUGAAUCGAAACGCAAGAAGAAUUUCAUGGAUAGGUGUGUUAAUAAGGUGCGGUCUCUGAUCAAAAAAUGAACUGCUUAUUCGAUAUUUUGUUCGUUUAGUCCAUAUCCCUUAUAAAAUGGAAGAAUUGUUAGUGAGCUAUACAUUGAAAAUAUAUUUAAUCUUACCUCUCUCUAAAACCGAGAACUUAUAUAAAAAGAGCUAUCAAGUAUUAUCAAAAGUUUUCAUCAAUCAUGACACACUUUUUGUAGCUCGCUAGUAAUUCUUUCAAAGUUGCAACUCUUCUUUGGUUUGCUAAAGGGUAUACCUACCCACACCACAGGCAACUACCUUUGACGUUAUAGGUACCUACCUACCUACUGAUUUACACAAAAGUGAUAUUGUUAUUUAUUUUAUGGCAACAAAAUUACUUAGUACAAAAUCCUUUGUGCUUUUAUUAUACAAAAUUUGUAUAUAUUGUGAAAAGAUUGUGAUUACGGUGCAGCACUAUUUAAGGCCUUAUUAUAGUAUAAGUAAGUGUUGUAAUAUUAGCUCUCUUGAGCAUCUAUGUUAUUUGACAUAAUUUAUUUAUUUUAAUGUGUUUUAACAUAUUUAUACAAUGCAGUCAUGAAUCGUGUUUUUCUCUUCAAAUCGUAAAUGUUAACAAAUGGAAGCAGCUUACGACCGUAUUGUAAACCUACAAUAGUGUCAAUUCUCUAUAUUUUUUGGAGAUGGAUACUGUUUGGUGAACAGUAAUUUUAGUCAACCAAAGCUUGCUUAUUUUUGCUCUUAGCAAGGCCAGUAGGUUUUGUGAAGAUUUUAGUAUGGUGCAUCAUUAUUAUGAUAUUAAGUUAGUUGAAUUAUAUUCUGAUUAUUUCGAACGGUGCACAUUUGUUUUAACAUUUCCUUCAUCUAGUAAUUAUUUUAUAGCAAAAUAAUUGUUUUUUAUCCAUGUUAUAUUUAAAAAUAUAUUUUAUUAUUAGGAU